UUCUCAUUAUCAGCUCUAUACCAUCAACUUUUUAAUUUUUUUAAUACCUCUGAUUCAUUGCCAAGGACAACAUCAAAAUGCCAGGCCAGGCUGCAAUCUAUAUCUCGGCUCUUGUGGCUCUACUGGGACUCUUUGGAACCUUUGGAUAUUUCUUCAUUUAUCGAAAGAUCCGCAAGGAGAUGAAAGUAUGGCACGAAUACGAGCAUGAAGCACACCAAAGAAGACAGGAGGCUAUUGAGAAAAACUUGCCUCCCAUUUAUAUCGACCAUCAACAUGAUCCUCGAUGUGUCUAUGAGGAUGAGAUACCAUCUCAAUAUGAGGAUACUCAAGGGGAAGAAGGAUCACAGGCAAUACCACGCAGAGCAGUAUCUCCUACAGGCUCGGUCAUUGUUGUAGUUCCUAAUCCAACCAUUGAUGAGUUGGAGAUAGCUAUGCCACAGCAACCACCACCAUCAUACCACGCAGAUACACAUAGGCAAAGCCACUAUUGGGCUUAUCAAUCACCAGAACAAACACCUACCUCAAUAGCAACAAUAGCAACUGCAGGAGUGAUCUCUUCCAGCGAAACGCCACACUACUCUGUUGGGUCUCCUUCGUCAUUAACCAACACAACCAGCACUUGAAUGAACCCAUCUUAAAAAGG